GGCUCCAGUGGCAAGCUUAACUGGUGCGGCGUCGUGCGUGUUUCUGUGUUGGAAUGUGACCUGUUUCAAAUCUCUCUCUUUUGAUCGAGGGCUCUUUUGCUUCAACCUUCAUUCCAGCGGUGCCCUGCAGCGCUCUUCUUGCAUUCAUCUUUGCGAACGCUCUCCAAAAAAAAAAAAAAAAAAAAGUUUGUUUGGGAGCUCGAAAAAGACCCUCUCUUCUGCUCCAAUCUCUCUGUCCUCACCUGUCGCCUCUUUCCUAGGCCUACAUACUAUUGUAAACUGCAAGUGUUUGGACUAGUGCUUUUAACAAAGGACAGUAUUAUUACUACCAUCGUUAGAAGGCCUACGAAACGACCAGUCAAGAGUUUUUUUUUUUUUUUCAUUCGUCCUGGCCUACGGUCUUGAAAGACUUGGCAGAAGGCAGACAUAAACUAAAGAUGCCUGAAUCGAAAGCUUAAGGCCUCGUCCAUUAUACACAGAACUUCUCUCCGGACAGCUUAACCUUCUAUCAAUUGCUCAGCGUUGACAGUGGAAUAUCAUGGGGAAAAAUAGUAAGAAGAUGGAAGGAGGAGGAGCUGCCACAUCUCCUGAUGAGGAGCCUCCAAGGGAUCCUGGUUUAUCCCAACAUCACUCUUACACAAAUGAGGACUUGGAGGGUCAUCGUGCCCACUCCAUUUAUGUGGGUGUUCACGUUCCUGGGGCACAUCGCCGUCGUUCCAGACACCACCGACAUCGUCACCACCAUCAUCGAAAUUCUACUAAGGAAGACUCUGAAAAUAGGCCAGUGUUGCCCACUCUGGAAGAGGAUUCUCCUGAUGGAUUCAGUUUAACACCCCCAAGUCAGCGGGUCCAGUUUAUUCUUGGUGAAGAUGAUGACGGUGAUGGCACACACAACAGCCACCCCCUCUUCAGUGAGAUGGAAACCCUUACAGAAAUGGAAGGUGGAGAAUUGGAAUGGAAAGAAACUGCUAGAUGGGUUAAGUUUGAGGAAGAUGUGGAAGAAGGUGGUGAACGUUGGUCCAAGCCUCAUGUGGCAACACUGUCACUUCACUCCCUCUUUGAACUUAGAUCUUUUCUCCUUAAUGGAACAGUUAUUCUCGACAUGGAUGCUACCUCUCUUGAUCAGAUAGCUGACCUUGUUCUUGAUAAUAUGAUCAAUCAGGGUCAGCUACCAGUUGAAGGAAGAGAAAAGUUCCGUGAUGCGCUCUUGCGUAAACACAAGCAUCUUUAUGAAAAACAGAAACAUAGCAAAGAAAAUGGCAACAUGUCUCGCUUACCCCUUAUUCGUAGCUUGGCAGAAAUUGGUCGUAAUCACUCCUCCUCGAAAAGCUUUAUGGACCUAUUAUCAAGUGGAAUAAAGCGAUCCUACACUGGGCCUGUUCCCCAUGCCUCAGCACCUGAGGUUGCACGAGGUCGUUCGCAUAGUACACCCUCACCAGCACAUCUCCUUCAUCCUUCAGUUGGACCAAAUUAUGGCACUCAUCUUGAAGUGCCAAGUCUAACCACUGAUAGUUCAGGAAGACUUGUUUGGAGAAGGCAUUCAGCUGGUAUAGUGGAGGAGGGCGGGGCUUCUACGCCCACCCCCACGCCCACAACUCUUGGUGAACCACCCAAAUUUGGACGCUUCUUGAACGUGCCGGGGGCUGGCGGUGUUGGUGGUGGUGGAACUACCGAGGGCUUGGGUUCAGGCUUCUUCAAAGCCUUAUCCUUUUCAGGCGGCAAUAACAGUGCCAGUGUCAUCUCUCACCCUGAGGGUGCUAUGGAACAGUCUCCAUCAACUGGAUCCAUUACCCGAAAUCAGAGUGGAAAUAAUUUGGAAGGGAGUGGAAAUGAACACAAGGGAAACACUCACUUUAUGAGAAAAAUUCCACCUGGUGCUGAAGCUUCAAACAUUUUGGUUGGAGAAGUACCUUUCUUGGAGAAACCGGCCACAGUUUUUGUCCGUCUAACUCAGGCUGCAAACCUUGGAAAUCUAACUGAGGUUCCAGUUCCCACAAGGUUCUUGUACAUCAUCAUGGGGCCCACUGGCGGCCUUCCUAGGUAUCAUGAAAUUGGACGAGCUAUGGCGACUCUCUUGAGUGAUGAAGUUUUCCAUGAUGUUGCUUACAAAGCUAAGAAUAGAAGUCAUCUCUUGGCUGGUAUAGAUGAGUUUUUGGAUGCUGUUACAGUCCUACCACCUGGAGAGUGGGAUCCAGCUAUCAGGAUUGAACCACCAGCUGCCAUCCCAUCCCAGCAGCCUCGAAAAGCCAAGAAGGAUCAACCUACUGUUGUUAUUGAUGAAGAGGAGGAAGAACGAAGGAUCAGAGAAGAAGCUGGCCUCACUCGAACAGGCAGACUCUUUGGAGGCUUUAUAAAUGAUUUAAAAAGAAAGAAGCCGUGGUACCUCAGUGAUUUUGUUGAUGGUGUUUCUAUCCAGUCUGUUGCCUCAUUCUUUUUCCUCUACUUUGCUUGUCUGACUCCUAUCAUCACUUUUGGUGGUCUUCUUGGAGAAGCUACUGAAAAUCGUAUAGCUGCCAUGGAGUCCCUUGUUGCUGGUUUAAUUUGUGGUGUGGUUUAUGGCUUUUUCUCUGGUCAGCCAUUGACAAUCUUAGGGUCAACUGGGCCUGUGUUAGUCUUUGAAAGUAUACUCUACGAAUUCUGUAAAUCUAUGGCUUGGAAUUAUCUAUCAUUCCGACUGUGGAUUGGUUUGUGGUGUGGAGCCAUUCUCUUAAUUCUUGUUGCAGUGGAUGCAUCAGCCUUUGUGUGUUACAUUACCCGUUUCACUGAAGAAAACUUUGCUACCUUAAUUGCAUUUAUUUUCAUAUAUAAGGCUGUUGAGAAAGUGGUCAAGAUUGGUUCCAAAUAUCCUAUGGAAACAAAGGUUGACCUACCCAAAAAUUGCACAUGUGAACCAGGAGAGCCAGAACUGUGGCCUGACAAUGUCAAUUGGACUAUUGUUGACUGGCAUGAGUGCCAUGAUAUCUAUAAUGGAACCCUUGUUGGUGAUCGAUGUGCCCACUAUUAUCCUGAUGUAUACCUACUGUCUCUCAUUCUCUUCUUUGGAACUUUCUUGGUGUCUUUCUAUUUGAAGAACUUCAAGACUGCAACCUUCUUCCCUACAAAGGUUCGUCAGUUCAUCAGUGACUUUGCUGUCAUUAUUGCCAUCAUUUCAAUGUCAGGAUUAGACUUUGCUGUUGGAAUACACACACCAAAAUUAGAAGUGCCUGGGAAUUUUGCACCCACCUGGGAAGGCCGUGGAUGGUUGAUCCCUCCAUUCAACCAUAACCCUUGGUGGUCAGCCUUAGUUGCUCUGGUUCCAGCUUUACUUGCUUGCAUUCUUAUCUUUAUGGACCAGCAAAUUACAGCUGUUAUUGUCAACAGAAAAGAACACAAGUUGAAAAAAGGUGGUGGAUAUCACUUGGAUUUGUUUAUUGUUGCAGUCCUCAUCAUAAUUAACUCCAUCAUGGGUCUUCCUUGGUUUGUAGCUGCCACUGUACUCUCUAUAAAUCAUGUUAACUCACUAAAAUUAGAAUCAGAAUGCGCUGCUCCAGGAGAAAAGCCUCGCUUCUUGGGUGUCAGAGAAAACCGUCUGACUCACAUUUUUAUUUUUGCCUUCAUUGGACUGUCUGUGGUGAUGACACCAAUUUUACGGAAGAUUCCCAUGCCUGUUCUAUUUGGUGUAUUCUUGUAUAUGGGUAUUGCUGCUCUGAAGGGACUUCAGUUCUUUGAUCGUAUUCUGAUCAUGUUCAUGCCUGUCAAGUACCAGCCAGAUUAUGCUUUCUUGAGACAGGUCCCAUUGAAGAAGAUUCAUCUCUUCACCCUCAUCCAGCUUGCCUGCUUGGCAUGUUUGUGGAUCAUUAAGUCUUUCAGUCAAACCUCGAUUCUUUUCCCACUCAUGUUGGUAGUGAUGAUUGGAAUCCGAAAGAUGUUAGACUGGGUAUUUACUCAACGAGAAUUGAAAAUCUUAGAUGACACCUUACCAGAAUUCAGCCGCAAAAAAAGGUUGGAAUCAGAGGAACAGGCAAAUGAUGAUGAGGAUGAUGGAGAUGUUGAUGGAAAUCUUAAAAAGAGUCCAACUGAUGGGGUCAUGACCAUUCCUCUUGCCAAUGGCAAUGUGAUGAAGGUACCAAUGAACCCAAUCAACAUCUCUGAGGAAGUGAACAAGAGUGGAGUAUGGAAGGACAUCAAUCAAGACCAAGAGAAAAAUAACCCACUGAACUCUCCUACUAAGAACAAUGAGGACAGAUCCCGUAACAGCUGCAAACGUUGCCGACGUCGCAAGAAGAGCAGAACAAAUGAUGAUGUUGCUAAUGGUGUAGCCAAUGGCCAUAACACUGAUGUAGAAAUGAAUGGCGGCUUGGUGUGUCAUGGUCACUCAGAAACCGAGCACCAUUUGGAAUUUGAAAAUGAGUCUUGUCAUUUUACCAAAAAACGGGGCACCAAAAAGGAUGCUCUUAAUGAAGAUGAGAAGAAGCGGUUGAGCAUGAUGGCAGAAGAGGAGGAGGAGGACGAAGGCAUAACUAUUAAGGUGAUGAAGCCAUAAAUUGUGACAAAUAUCAACUAAGUUAAAAUUGGUUGAUGAAUGUCAGUAAGGCACGAUCAGCUAUAUGGAGUCUACUGAAAGCCAGUUUUGAUGGCUUGUGUUGUUGUAAUAUGUAAAAUAACUUUAUAAGAGAUAAAACAAAAUAUCCAAGCCGUUUAAAGCUCUGAUAAAGGCUUCUGUUGGCUGAUCUAGUCACAAGUGCAGUUGUAAUGAGACACCAACUCCAAAAAAUAACAUGGUUGCAAUAUGUGGAUUGCUCAAACAUUUGUAAUUUAAAUAUAACAGGAAAUCAUUUCAAUAUUAAUAUAAAUUCUGCUGGUGACAGUGUUUCAUGGUGCCAAAAUAUUUGAUUUUGUAAAAAAAAAAAAAAGUAUUUUCUAAAGUGAUAUAUUCUUUACAUAAGAAAUUGACUAGUCCUUCAUAAAAGUAAAUUAUAAUCUAAGAUUUAAGCUGCUUCAAGUAGAUAGUGCCUAGAGCUCUUGGCUGAUGGAAAAAUAUGAAGUCGGCCAAUUCUAAAUGUACAUAAGCAACCACUACUGCAGCCUUGCUUAUCAGACUUUAUACUUUCCACAUGCACAGACAAAUUCUUGUUUUUAAUUUCAAAUCAGGAGUAAUGAUGAUUACAUAUGUUAUACAUUUAGCAGUCAGAUAGUAUUUAAAGUACGUACCAUAUAUCAAACUGUUGCUCCUGGUUUUGAGUUCAAACAGUGGUGCAAUAAUGUUACAUGUACACAUAAACUGCAGUGUGUAGGAAAGCAUUUAAUUUUCUUUUAAUUUUUGUUACCUUUAAAUAUACCAAUCAGUGUGUUAAUGGAAAACUGGCCAAGCCACUAGAAAUAUGCAACUACAUAUUAAACAUUUAUUGUUAAAGAACUUAUUAUUUCUAGUGAUGCCAUGAUACUUAAUGCCUUGUAUUUCCAUUGACUCACUGGACUCUACAUUGAAACAAAGGGAAAUGGAACUUCCUUGCAUGUUCUUACAAGUUAGUGCAGUAGCUGGAAAAAAAAAGCUUUUUUAUUAUUAAUUUAAACAAUAUACACUAAACUACAGACAGUAUAUACUGUAUUAAUAUAUAUAUUAUAUUAAUAAAGUGAAAGUCACAUGCUCAAUUUGUAGACUGCUUUGUAGAGAAAAUUCACUGUUUCAUAACUUAUGAGGUAAUCUUUUUUCAAUGCCUUAUAGCAUCAGGUAUUUCUGUGCAUUUUAGUAAAGACUAGAGCAUUAUAGUUUUUAUAAAUGUUUUAUCCAUAUUACUUUGCCAAGCUGAAGACAGCUCUUUCCUGGCAAAACUUAGCACUAAUGGUGCAAUAUUUUAAAAGUAAAUACUUUAAACAUAACGUAUAGUUUAUAUAUGUUCAGUAUAUAGCUGAUACAGUAAAAUCGAGUUGAAUACAAAUCCCAAGUAGAAAUUGGAUGAUUUGUUACAUUUGGCUGAAAUACCAAGAUGCUACUAAAAAAGAAUACAAUAUUUCUAAUUUUCUUGUGAAGAUAAAGCUAAGAUUAAGACAGAUAGUAUAUUGAAACAUGGAGAUGGGGUUACUAUGUGGGAAGAGGGAAAUGAAUACUUGGAGCAGCAUAUACCAAUUCCAAGGAAAUUAUGAUUUUUGCCAUUAGAAAUGCCAACUGUGAAUCUAUUAUAUGUACAGGUAACAUGAUGUGCAAUGAAUUGUAUGACUGAACAUUUGAAUAUGUGAACUUUUUUGUAUACACUAUGGUGCAUGAGUUGUAAGUAGUCUUGAUUAGAGUUUAUAGCAGUGCUCAUUGCCUAACAUGGAGUAGAUCUUGGAAAUCUCUCAUUUAGGUACUGGAUCUCAAUACAGUAACCUUGGGUGGCAACGAGUGGUUGAGGAAUUAUACUAUUUAUUGUCAUGAGUAGGCUGGAUUCAGCAUAUUUUAUAUUUAUUGUCAAUAUUUCAGCUGAAUUCAGAUCAGUUUCCUAAUUCAUGAUGCAUUUUAGCAAUUAUAUUGCAGAAGUCGCUCUGAAGUAAACCUGACUCGCUAAUAUUGUAUUCUGCAGUUAUGUAAUCUGUUAAAUUCUUAAUGAACACAAACUUUUCAGAGAAUUGAAUUUUAUUAACUUGGUUUUAUGAGGAUCAGGUUAAAAUUUAAGCGGUUUCUUCAAUGUCUACAAUUUUUAUUUAUUUCUUAGUUGGUAUCACUAUAUAUACACAUAAACAUAGGUUUUAUGGUUUUUAGGCUAUUUCAUAUAUAAAAAUCUGGCAAACACAAAAAAUACAAGUUUUUCUUUUACGGUUUACUUUGUUUUUGUCAUUAUAUUCAUUACAAAUAUCACUCAUUCCAUUAUGUCUUCAGUAGACCCUAAAUGUUUUCCUUCCAUAACUGUACACAAAAUAUGGACAGUGUUAAAUAAAUCACCAAGUUA